GGGCCAGAGGGCGCCGGGAGGUGCCGCAGGCGGGGAUCCCGGGAGCGCCGGCAGCCGCCGGGCCGUGCCCGUCCCGUGUGGAAACGGGGGGCUGGAGCGGUGCGAUGACGCUGCAGGAGCUGGUGGCGCGGGCGGCCGGCCUGCACCGGGACAGAGCCGCGGUUCGCUUCGAUGAGUGCAGCGGGAGAGCCCCGGCCUGCUGCACCUACCGCACCAUGGCCGGGCUCGCCGGGCAGCUGACAGCGUUCCUCCGAGAGCGCUGCGGCCGCCAGGGCGAAUGGGAAAUAGGCCUGUACUGCUAUCCAGGGAUAAACCUGCCGUCGUGGAUCUUGGGAAUCCUUCAAGUUCCAGCUGCCUAUUCACCUAUUGAUCCAGAUGCACCACCAGCUAUAUCCACUUACUUCAUGAAGAAAAGCAAUCUUCAGUAUAUUCUUGUUGAGAAUGAUAAAAUACAUAAAUUCCAGAUGUCCCAUGCUGGCUGUUUUUGCCACAAUUCCUCCGCCAUAGAACAUAUUGGUUUAACUCUCUUCCAAAUGAGCUCAAGCAACACUGAUUUCAGUUCAAAAGUAGGCAAUAUGAAGAGUAAAUGUGAACCUUUCAAAGCUGUGGAGAACUCGCAGCCAGGAUUUACCGUUUGCCCAGAUCGAACCAAAGUAAAAACAUCAGCAGCAGGAUACAUGGACGCUGGCCAGAAAGGCACUUUAGCAUAUGUCUUGCAUACAUCAGGAACUACAGGGAUGCCCAAAAUAGUCAGAGUGCCUCAUAAAUGUAUAGUGCCUAAUAUUCAGCAUCUUAAGUCCAUAUUUGAGAUCACACAGGAUGACGUGCUAUUCCUGGCUUCUCCUCUCACAUUUGACCCGUCUGUGGUUGAGUUGUUCAUGGCUCUGACCAGUGGAGCCUCUAUUCUUGUCGUACCAAACACCGUUAAAAUGAUGCCCGUGGAGCUCUCGGUCGCUCUGUUUCACCACCACCACGUGACAGUGUUGCAGGCAACACCAACGCUUCUCAGGACAUUUGGAGCUCACAUUAUUAAAUCAAGAGUGUUGUCUGCAAAUACUUCACUUCGUGUCUUAGCCCUUGGUGGUGAAGCAUUUCCUGUACUGAGUCUCUUGAAAAGUUGGAAGCACAAGGAGAACAAAACAAGUAUUUUUAAUCUCUAUGGUAUUACUGAAGUGUCAAGCUGGGCCACUUGCUACAAGAUUCCUGAGGAGGUUUUUAGUGCUGAUUUUAGAACAGAUUUUCCUAUACCUCUGGGAUCACCUCUCCUUGGAACAAAACUUGAGGUCAGAGAUGCCAAUGGAUCUGCAGUUCUUGAAGGCGAGGGACAAAUAUUUAUAGGUAGUGAAGAACGAAUCUGCUUUCUUGAUGAUGAAGUAACUGUGCCACUGGGUACAAUGAGAGGAACAGGGGAUUUUGUAAGAGUGAGGAAUGCAGAGUUGUUCUUCUUGGGUCGGAAAGACAAUCAGAUUAAACGUCACGGCAAACGUUUCAAUAUUGAAUAUCUGCAGCAGGUUGCUGAAAAUGUUUGCCAGGUGGAAGCUUGUGCAGUUACCUGGUAUCAACAGGAAAAACUUAUCCUGUUUGUUCUACCUAAAGAUGAUUUUGAAGAGAGAGAAACACUUAAAGAACUCCAGAAUCAUCUACCAGCUUAUGCAGUCCCUGAUGAGAUUGUAGUGAUUAAAGCUUUGCCUUUAACAUCACAUGGCAAAGUUGAUAUAUCUGAGCUGGACAAGAUUUACCAGAACCAUCUAAACUCCAGAAGGUGUGACAGUAAGCUGAGUGACGCAGAGGAAUUGUGGGAAAGAUUGCAGUAUUUAUGGAAGUCUGUCCUCAGUCUUCCAUGUGAUUCCACUGGAAUUCCUAAAGAUGCAGUAUUUCUGUACAGUGGUGGAGACUCCCUAAAGGCAGUACGGUUUUAUGAAGAAAUUGAGAUGUUAGUAGGCAAAGCUGUGCCUGGACUCCUUGAAGUUAUUCUCAGCCGCUCAGUUGAAGAGGUUUACAGACAUAUUCUUAAAAUACUGUUUCCAGAUGAAAAACAAUUAAUGAAUCCUGACAAUGUUGCAAAAAGAAAAUUAAGAGGGAACAGUGGAGAGGAAUUCCAUGGAAAAUAUAUUAAACUGAUAUCUGAAAGAGAUCUUGAGCUUACUUCAGGAUUAAUUCCAUUUAUUGCACUGAACAGAGGAAAUCAUUUUUUCCCUAUGAAUUUCACCAAGUCUUCUAUGCAGCCCAAAAAUACAGUACGAGUAGGAGUGGAACAGCAGCCAUUCUUUCUGCAUUCCAAGACUCCAGGUGUAAUGAAAAGACAUGUGCAAGGGGCUGAAGUGGAGAAUAGAGUUUUAACACUUGAAAACAAGGCAAAUAAAAAUGACCAUUUCUCUGCUCAGCAAAUCCAUGCAGAGUGUAGUCAUUCAUCAGUGGCAGAGUUGGCAUUGUGCAUGAGGUGGAAGUCAAACACGAGAAAAUGUGUUGAUGCAUCACCACUGGUUAUAAUACCAGCUAAAGAAGAGGUAUCUGCAUCUGUAUAUGUUGGCUCUCACUCCCAUGCAAUGCAGGCAAUUGAUCUAGAUUUGGGAGAAAUAAAAUGGGAGAAGACCCUUGGAGAUCGUAUUGAGUCUUCUGCCUGUGCAUCCAAGUGUGGAAAUUUCAUUGUUGUUGGUUGUUACGAUGGCUUGGUGUAUGUGCUUCAAAGCAGUGAUGGAGAAAUACACUGGACUUUUGCCACAGAGGACACUGUGAAAAGCUCUGCAGUUGUAGACCCUUCCAGUGGACUGGUCUACAUUGGAUCACAUGACCAACAUGUGUAUGCUUUGGAUAUUUAUAAAAAGGUGUGUAAAUGGAAGUUGCAUUGUGAAGGUGGAGCUGUGUUUUCAUCCCCUUGUCUAAGUUCUUUUCCACAUCAUCUCUAUGUUGCUACGCUAGGAGGACUAUUAUUGGCUGUUAACCCAGUGACAGGGAGUAAGAUUUGGAAAAGCAACGUUGGAAAACCACUCUUCUCCUCUCCUCACUGCAAUGAGAACUACGUCUUUGUUGGGUGUGUGGAUGGAAACUUAUAUUGUAGUCAUUCUGGAGAAAAGGUUUGGCAGUUUUCCACUAAUGGGCCAGUGUUUUCAUCUCCGUGCCUCUCAAUUUUAACUAAGCAAGAAAUAUAUUUUGGCUCUCAUGACUGCUUUAUCUACUGCUGUAACGUGGAGGGUAAUUUAGUGUGGAAAUUUGAAGCCACUUCAAGUGUAUAUGGAACACCAUUCGUUUUCCAAAGUGAUGACUUAAAUAACAAAAUUCUCUUGGCAGCAGUAUCUACAGAUGGCGGAGUGUGGAUCCUGAAUGCCAAGAGCGGAGCAGCAGAAGGAGUAGAUAAGCUUCCAGGCGAGGUUUUCUCUUCGCCCGUGGUAUGGGGAACAAAGCUUGUUGUUGGCUGUAGAAAUGAUUAUGUUUAUUGUCUAGAUCUGUACAUAGCAGGAAAAGAUAGCAGCUAAGAUGUUAGGCUCCUUCAUUUUUAUUGUUUACAUUUGUAAACUAGGAGCUCACAGGUGCUCUCUACCCCUCUGCCUGUUUUGCUGCAGGCAAGAGAUGCUCCUUGCAGGCUUAUCAGGUAGGACUUUGCAUCAGGCAAUGUCCAGUGAUGGGGGGAGGAUGGCUGCUCAGUACCUUGCAGAGAGGGGACAGAGUGUGUAAGGUGCCAUAUUCCACAGCUUGGAUAGCAGGCUCGCCUCUGAGAGAGGAGUGUAUUGCUUUCUCUGAGUCCAUCCUCGCCUGUGCCUGGCUCUUCCUUGCACCAGACUAGUGUUUGUCUGUCAGGAUGUCUGUGCCAGGCAAGCUAACCCAAGUCCUUUUUUGAAUCUAACUUUUAACUUCAUUUCUGGAGACAUGGCCUGAAUUUCAUACACCUAGAAGGAGCGACCUGUUUACUACACUGUGUACAAACAGAAUAGUUCAUCUUUUGUGGACUUAGGCCAUUAGUAUAUGCCAGAUUAAUUAAACCAUCAUGGCUUAAUUAAUCUAGCAUAUACUUAGACUCCAUUGAAGUCAGUAGGAGUUGCCUCUUGUAUUCUAAAGUGGAAGUAACACCAUAAAUAUUUAUUAAAUUUCAAUGCCAGGAGCGGUAUGUGUUCCAAGAUGAAGUGUGCACUGCUGAAAUCAACCACUGUCAAAUAUUUUUUUAAGAUAUUUGAAUAAAUGCUGUUUACAUUGUCUUCACAAAAACUGUUAAUAAAAGGUUUUGUGAGU